UCUUGUAGACAAUAAGUCAUGUACCCUUCAAAGGGAAGUGGUGCAUAUGGGCAGCAGCCAUAUUCUGGUCAACAGUCAUAUGGGCAAAUUCCCGGAGCUGGUAAUGCGGGAGCUCAACAUGCUAUGGCAUCUAGGCAAUCGAUGAUGGGGGCUAUGCAAGAAGCUGAUGUUAGUGGAUAUAGAACUCAGUCUGCACAAGGGACUCAAUAUGGAGGGCCUUAUGCUUCUGUUUAUGGGUCCACAGCUUUGACCAGUUCCCAUCAGGUUGGUGGUAAGGGUUCUAGUUCAUCUAGCCUCCAGGGUCAAUAUUCUUCAGCAUUACCAGAGUCAUCUAAGUUCUCAUCUGCAGCUCAAGGCUCCAACUUGGGAAUGAACAGUGAUGAUUAUGUUUCAGCAUCAAGUCGUGUCUAUGCUCAGAAAGGGGACCUCUUUACUGGUGUAAAAAAUUCUGAUUAUCCUUCAAUAGACAGAAGGCAAUAUGGUGAUCAGGCUGCUUAUAUGGGAAGGGAACUGGCAAACGAUCCAGCUAGACGAUAUGCAGAUUCUGUUUCUAUUAGCCAGCAGCAUCAGGCUGAUAUGCACGACCGUUUGGACCAGGCUUCACUGCUUCGACAGCAGCAGAUAUUGAAGGCUCAGUCACUGCAGUCAGCUUCUGAUAUAAGACAAGCUGACUACCUUUCAGCUAGGCCUGCCCCAACUCAUCUUGGAUCACAAGAUUAUAAUUCAUAUGGUGGAAGAAUGGAGGUUGAUCCCCGCAGUUUGCCUAUUCUCCCUAACCCUCCUUACGCCGGCCAACCUGCAGCUUCCGUUCUAGGGGGAGCGCCAAGGAGAAAUGUGGAUGACCUGUAUACACAAGGUUCGUCCAGUGCUGCUUAUGGUGUGGGUUUGCCCCCUGGUCGGGAUUAUAUCGCUGGGAGAGGCCUUCAUGGACAAGCUCUCGAAGCAGAUUAUCGAUCAUUAUCGCAUGUACAUCCUAGUCUUGGAGAUGAUAUAAGUGCUUACCGUCGAGAACUUGAAAGGGAUGAGGAGCGUCGUAGGGAAUUAAUCCGGGAGAAAGAGAAAGAACGAGAAAGGGAGGAGCGUGAACGUCGAAGAGACAGGGAACGUGAAAGGGAGCGAGAAAGGGAGCGCGAAAGGGAGAGAGAACGAGAUCGUAAGCGUGCAUUGGAUGCUAGGCGAGAGCGAACUCCAUUACGAUCUGCGAGAGAUCGCCGAGGCUCUUCUUUGUUGAAGGAUGAGAGAACUCCUCGUGGAAUCUCUCCUCGCCGUAUCUCACCUCGUCGUGUUUCACCUCGUCGGGCUUCACCGCGUCGGACUUCACCGCGUAGAGCUUCACCACAUCGAGAAGCUGUUAAUAGGCAUCGUUCACCCAUUAGAGAAAAAAAGAGAGAAUAUAUUUGCAAGGUUUACCCAAAUUGUUUGGUGGAUGCUGAGAGGGAUUAUUCGUCUUUAAAUAAGCGAUAUCCGAGGCUGUUUAUAUCCCCAGAAUUUACAAAGCUUGUUUUGCACUGGCCAAACCAGAGUUUGCAUCUUUCACUUCAGACUCCUGUGAGUUUUGAACAUGAGUAUGUGGAACUGGAGAACAAAGGUGAGAAAGCCUUAGAUUCUGCUGGUGAGCCAUCAAGAACAAAGCAUGAAAAUACUGUUUGGAAUGCAAAGGUGAUUUUGAUGAGUGGGAUGAGCAGUGAUGCUUUGAACAACAUGUGUUCUUACAGAAGUUCUGAUGAAAGGAUUAUCCACUUCAACAACAUCAUCAGAUUUGCUAUUCUUAAGAAGGAACAUUCUUUCAUGGCUAUUGGUGGUCCAUGGAACGCAGAAAUAGAUGGGGGAGAUCCAUCAGUAGAAGACUCUUCCCUGAUUCAAACAGCAUGCAGAUAUCUUAAAAAUAUUACCCAACUUGAUUUACAGAAUUGCCAGCAUUGGAAUCGUUUCCUUGAGAUACAUUAUGAUAGAAUGGGAGAAGAUGGUCUAUUUAGUCAUAAAGAAAUCACUGUAUUAUUUGUUCCGGAUCUCUCAGAAUGCCUUCCUUCACUUGAUGCAUGGCGAGCUCAGUGGCUUGCACACAAGAAAGUUGUGGCAGAGAGGGAACAACAACAGGCUGCAAAGGAUAAGAAAUUCACAGACAAGGAAUCCAUGCAUGAAAAAGUUAAGGCUGAAGGUAGUGCUGGAAAAGGUGCAAAAGUUGCUGAGACCAGCGCUGAUGGUCCCAUUAGGGAAAUGGAAAUUUCUACAAUGAAAGCAGAUGAUCCUAAAGAUACCAAUAAAGAAUCUGACAAGAAAAAUGUUGUUGAUCAGAAAGGAAAGGGACAUCAACUUGAUGAAAUAUUGACAGAGAACAAUGCUGAGGGAGGAGAUAAGGAAGGUAACACUGAUGGGAAGAAGGUUCCUGAUGGGGCUAAUUCUGAGCUUUCAGCGGAAAAGCAAAAGCCAUUAAAGAAGAAAAUCAUCAAGAAGGUAGUGAAAGGAAAAGCAGUUGGCACGAAAGUGGAGGUGACUGGGGAGGAUGUUGCUGCCAAACUUGAUGACAAGUCGGAUGUUAAGGCUGAAGGGGAUACACAAAUCAAGCCAGAAAAUAUUGUCAAGGAAGAAGACGCAGGUGACAAGGCGAAUGUUAAAACAUUUACUAGAAAGAAAAUCAUUAAAAAGGUACCUGCUGGAAAGUCUGCUCAGAAGGUAGAGAACACCGUUGAUAUUUCUACCAACCAAGCUGAGAAGAAACCCGAGGUUGAAACAGAGAGUAAAGAUGAAAAAAUAAUAAAGAAAGAACCUGAGGAAGCUGCUGCCCCUCAGCAAACUGGGGUUAAAGCAACUGGGAAGAAGAAAAUUAUUAGAAGGGUGAUUAAACGAAAGGUUUCUAGUACUGAAGAAAAGAUAGUGACCGCUGUUAAGGAGGCUGGAGAUGAAGUGGAAACUGUUGCAUCAGAGAAAGCGAGCAAAGUAGAAGCAACGAAAAACGGGGUUGAAAAACAAGAUGAGGGUAUAGUUGGAAGCAGUAACUCAAAAGAGAAGAUGAUAUCUAAGGAGUCUAAGACACUGACUGCUGAGAAGGGUAACACAGCUGAAAAGAAAGAAAAGAAUGAGAAGGAAAGCAAAAUGGAAAAUAAGUCAACUAAGCAGAAUAAUGAGUCAGAAAAAGGGGUCUCAAAGGAUAGUUCUGAACCUGAUGCUGGAAAGGAAAAAGAUUCUAAGAAAAAUGAUAAUGAUAUCAAAAAGGAAAAAACAAAAAAUGAGAGAGAAAAUAAGAGUGAAGAUGCCAAGGACCCUAAACGGAAAUCAUCCAAAGAUAUAAAGGAAAAAGGAAAGAUUGAGGAGCCACCUCAACACCCAGGACUGUUUCUACAAACAACACGGAGCAAGGGAUCAAAGAUUAGAUCAAUGUCUCUCUCAUUGGAUGGGCUCCUGGAUUAUAAUGACAAAGACAUUGAAGAAUCAACGUUUGAGUUAUCUGUUUUUGCUGAAUCACUAAAUGAGCUGCUUCAGUACCAAAUGGGUUGCCGUCUGUUAUCAUUUCUUGAGAAAUUGCGCAGAAGAUUUGUUAUAAAGAAGAACCAGCGCAAGAGACAAAGAGAUGAAAAAUCUGAAAGGGAUAACAAAGAGAGCUCAUCAAAGCGUUCUAAGGUCACUGAAGAGUCUCCAGUGCAAAAUGAAAAAUCUGGAAAAAAAGAUGCUGCAGAAGAUAAUGAUGAAACAAUGGGUGAGCGUGGGUCUGCAGAUGAGAAAGGUGAACCUAAAAUAGAAAAAAACUCAGAUAAUGGUGCUGACAAAGUUGAAUAUGAAGAAGGAAACAAAUCUGAGACUGAUGAUGAAAAUGAUGAAGAAGAAGAGGAGGAUCCAGAAGAAAUAAUGGAGGAAGAUCAAGAAAUGAAUGAUGUUCCUUUGGAUGAUGGAGGCCAGGAGGUAGGCAUUACACUGUUUUUUUGUUCUAAAAAUUUCUACCAGAUACAUUAUGAUAGAAUGGGAGAAGAUGGUCUAUUUAGUCAUAAAGAAAUCACUGUAUUAUUUGUUCCGGAUCUCUCAGAAUGCCUUCCUUCACUUGAUGCAUGGCGAGCUCAGUGGCUUGCACACAAGAAAGUUGUGGCAGAGAGGGAACAACAACAGGCUGCAAAGGAUAAGAAAUUCACAGACAAGGAAUCCAUGCAUGAAAAAGUUAAGGCUGAAGGUAGUGCUGGAAAAGGUGCAAAAGUUGCUGAGACCAGCGCUGAUGGUCCCAUUAGGGAAAUGGAAAUUUCUACAAUGAAAGCAGAUGAUCCUAAAGAUACCAAUAAAGAAUCUGACAAGAAAAAUGUUGUUGAUCAGAAAGGAAAGGGACAUCAACUUGAUGAAAUAUUGACAGAGAACAAUGCUGAGGGAGGAGAUAAGGAAGGUAACACUGAUGGGAAGAAGGUUCCUGAUGGGGCUAAUUCUGAGCUUUCAGCGGAAAAGCAAAAGCCAUUAAAGAAGAAAAUCAUCAAGAAGGUAGUGAAAGGAAAAGCAGUUGGCACGAAAGUGGAGGUGACUGGGGAGGAUGUUGCUGCCAAACUUGAUGACAAGUCGGAUGUUAAGGCUGAAGGGGAUACACAAAUCAAGCCAGAAAAUAUUGUCAAGGAAGAAGACGCAGGUGACAAGGCGAAUGUUAAAACAUUUACUAGAAAGAAAAUCAUUAAAAAGGUACCUGCUGGAAAGUCUGCUCAGAAGGUAGAGAACACCGUUGAUAUUUCUACCAACCAAGCUGAGAAGAAACCCGAGGUUGAAACAGAGAGUAAAGAUGAAAAAAUAAUAAAGAAAGAACCUGAGGAAGCUGCUGCCCCUCAGCAAACUGGGGUUAAAGCAACUGGGAAGAAGAAAAUUAUUAGAAGGGUGAUUAAACGAAAGGUUUCUAGUACUGAAGAAAAGAUAGUGACCGCUGUUAAGGAGGCUGGAGAUGAAGUGGAAACUGUUGCAUCAGAGAAAGCGAGCAAAGUAGAAGCAACGAAAAACGGGGUUGAAAAACAAGAUGAGGGUAUAGUUGGAAGCAGUAACUCAAAAGAGAAGAUGAUAUCUAAGGAGUCUAAGACACUGACUGCUGAGAAGGGUAACACAGCUGAAAAGAAAGAAAAGAAUGAGAAGGAAAGCAAAAUGGAAAAUAAGUCAACUAAGCAGAAUAAUGAGUCAGAAAAAGGGGUCUCAAAGGAUAGUUCUGAACCUGAUGCUGGAAAGGAAAAAGAUUCUAAGAAAAAUGAUAAUGAUAUCAAAAAGGAAAAAACAAAAAAUGAGAGAGAAAAUAAGAGUGAAGAUGCCAAGGACCCUAAACGGAAAUCAUCCAAAGAUAUAAAGGAAAAAGGAAAGAUUGAGGAGCCACCUCAACACCCAGGACUGUUUCUACAAACAACACGGAGCAAGGGAUCAAAGAUUAGAUCAAUGUCUCUCUCAUUGGAUGGGCUCCUGGAUUAUAAUGACAAAGACAUUGAAGAAUCAACGUUUGAGUUAUCUGUUUUUGCUGAAUCACUAAAUGAGCUGCUUCAGUACCAAAUGGGUUGCCGUCUGUUAUCAUUUCUUGAGAAAUUGCGCAGAAGAUUUGUUAUAAAGAAGAACCAGCGCAAGAGACAAAGAGAUGAAAAAUCUGAAAGGGAUAACAAAGAGAGCUCAUCAAAGCGUUCUAAGGUCACUGAAGAGUCUCCAGUGCAAAAUGAAAAAUCUGGAAAAAAAGAUGCUGCAGAAGAUAAUGAUGAAACAAUGGGUGAGCGUGGGUCUGCAGAUGAGAAAGGUGAACCUAAAAUAGAAAAAAACUCAGAUAAUGGUGCUGACAAAGUUGAAUAUGAAGAAGGAAACAAAUCUGAGACUGAUGAUGAAAAUGAUGAAGAAGAAGAGGAGGAUCCAGAAGAAAUAAUGGAGGAAGAUCAAGAAAUGAAUGAUGUUCCUUUGGAUGAUGGAGGCCAGGAGGUAGGCAUUACACUGUUUUUUUGUUCUAAAAAUUGCACAAUUGAGAUCAGCCUGGAUAUAGAAAGAUUUUUCAAUUUAUUUUUCAAAUUUGAAAAUAACAUAGAUGAAUUAAAGGCUGAGCCUGAAAAGGCACCAGCUGAAGAUGGCAAUGGUACAAGGACAGUGAGUAGCAGUAAUAUUGAACCAAUGGAUGAUAAAUCAGAUAGGGGAAAAAAAGAAGAUGAUAAACGGUCUGAGACAGCAAAAUCUGAAUCUGUAAAAGAGGAUACUGUUGAUAAAGAAGCACUGCAGGCUUUCAGGUACUUCGAUCUUAAUCGUGUGGGCUAUAUCAAGGUUGAAGAUUUGAGAUGCUUGCUACACAACUUGGGCAAGUUUAUUUCUCAUAGAGAUGUCAAGGAACUAGUACAGAGUGCCCUCUUUGAAAGCAAUACAGCGAGGGAUAAUCGCAUCUUUUACAAGAAGCUUGUGAAGCUAACAGACCUUUGAUUCAUGGAUCACUUCAAAGUGUGGAUUAUCGAUUGAAUCCAGAUUGAUGCUGCAAAUUGUUUAGAGGUUUCAGAUUUCUCUUUUUGUGACCUUUAUCUGAGAUAGUUCCAUUGUUUUUCAUCGUCAAAGGAGGUAACUGUUGUUCUCAGGAGCUAAAAGUAGUGUUAGGUUGUAACUAUUAGCUACUAAUAAGUGGCAACUUUAUUUCUUGAAACGUGUAUUGCUGGUCACUUUAAGCAUGGUACGUGUCCGUGUUUUUUUUAUCUGCAUGUUUUUUUUAUCUGCAUUAACGUUGCGCAAAAUGCUCAUAAUAUUUCAGUGACCCAGGAGUUGUUUGGUUUCCAGAAAUUACGAAUGGAGCUGGCUAUCUGUAAAAAGUUGCAACUGCAGUUUGUAGUUGUAAGUUCUUCCGAUAGUUCCACAUUUCUAAUU